CCGUCAUGCGGGAAGGUGACGCCACCUCUGGGUCUCCCUCUACCUGCUUAUUUCCCUCGUUCUCCCCGAAUUCGUAGGCGAUGAGGACGCGGCAAAGAUGGCGGUCGUGAGUUGUUGUUGGGAAGUCAGUCGCCGUCGCCGUCGUCGUCGGCGAAUUUAGGAAGUCCGAUCGGCCCGCAUUUGGCUAGGAUGGCAGCCCGCGAAUCCCUCCGCUUUCUUUCCCGCGAGUAGAUUUUCAUGAUCUAUGUGGGCUAUGUCCUGUGGCCGGAGUUGGUCGAUUGCGGGAAUUAAGGGCUUCCCAGAGAAAGGCUGGGAGCCGGAUUCGGUGGCGCGUUUCGAGGGGUUCUUUGAUGGAAAGUUGAGGGGUCCCUCUCAAUCUCUCUUUCCACAUGUGGAUUCGGUGUGACCAUCGUGGGGUUCCCGUGGUUGGGAAGUGGGAGCGUUGCUGCGGAUAAGGUUUUGUUUCUGCCAGUUGGUCGACUCUGGAGGUGGAAUCAUUCGAUUGGUGAUGCUGAUUUAUUUGUUCGAAAUGGAUUCCGCAAGGAGUUGGUUUAACAAGUUUCAACAUAGAGAUAAAAUGGCAUCCUCGAAGAAGAAGGAAGCGACAAAUAUGAAGGAAGGGACGAAGCCUCCUAACGAAGACGCGCCCUCUAAUGCCACCAAGCAGAGAGUUGCAGCUGCCAAACAGUAUAUCGAAAAUCACUACAAAUCUCAGAUGAAGAACUUGCAAGAGAGGAGGGAGCGGCGCUGGAUAUUAGAGAGAAAGUUGGCUGAUGCUGAUGUCUCCAUAGAAGAGCAAAACAAUCUUCUCCGAUCUUUGGAGAAAAAAGAGACAGAGUAUAUGCGUCUUCAGAGGCAUAAAAUGGGUGCUGAUGAUUUUGAACCUCUAACGAUCAUUGGCAGGGGUGCUUUUGGGGAGGUUAGGGUUUGUAAAGAGAAGGUGACCGGCCAUGUUUAUGCAAUGAAGAAGUUGAAGAAGUCAGAGAUGCUUCGCAGGGGCCAGGUUGAGCACGUUAAAGCAGAAAGAAAUCUUCUUGCUGAGGUGGACAGCAAUUGCAUUGUGAAACUGUAUUGCUCUUUUCAAGAUGAAGAAAAUCUAUAUCUAAUCAUGGAAUACUUACCUGGUGGAGACCUGAUGACACUACUUAUGCGGAAAGAUAUCUUGACUGAAGAUGAAGCAAGGUUUUAUAUUGGUGAAACAGUUCUUGCUAUUGAAUCUAUUCACAAGCACAAUUACAUUCACAGAGACAUCAAGCCUGACAACUUAUUGCUGGAUAGAUUUGGACAUAUGAGACUAUCGGAUUUUGGGCUAUGUAAACCCCUAGACUGCACAACACUUCCAAACUUACAUGAACAUGAUUAUGGAACGGGAAACAACCCAACUAGUGCACCUAGAGGUGUCGACCGGCAAAAUACUGCACCAAAACGCACACAACAGGAGCAGUUACUCCACUGGCAAAGAAAUCGGCGAACACUGGCUUAUUCAACUGUUGGUACACCUGACUAUAUUGCUCCAGAAGUGCUGUUAAAGAAGGGAUAUGGAAUGGAAUGUGAUUGGUGGUCUCUUGGGGCUAUCUUGUAUGAAAUGCUUGUGGGAUACCCUCCCUUCUAUUCUGAUGAACCCAUGUCAACUUGUAGGAAGAUAGUAAAUUGGAGGACUCAUUUAAAGUUUCCCGAGGAAGCUAAGCUGUCAGAGGAAGCAAAAGAUCUGAUAAGCCGACUAUUAUGUAAUGUUGAACAAAGGCUUGGAACAAAAGGGGCUGAUGAAAUAAAGGCUCAUCCUUGGUUUAAAGACAUUCAAUGGGAUAGGUUGUAUCAGAUGGAAGCUGCGUUUAUUCCUGAGGUCAAUGAUGAAUUGGACACCCAAAAUUUUGAGGAGUUUGAAGAGACCGGAGAUCAAAUGCAGACUCCAUCAAGGUCAGGUCCGUGGAGAAAGAUGCUGUCUUCUAAGGACAUCAACUUUGUGGGCUACACGUACAAGAACUUUGAGAUAGUGAGCGAUCAAGUUGCAGGAAUUGCUGAGCUGAAGAAGAAAACAACCAAAACACCGAAACCAUCAAUCAAGUCUCUUUUCGACUCAGCCCCGGGACCUAAGGACCUCCCUCCCCAGGGGAGCUUCUUGAACCUCCUGCCUCCGCAACUAGAAGUGACAGAAGCCAAGGACCUAUCAUCGCCAUAAAAUUGCGACUGCUUCAGUUUUUCGAGCGUUGUGUUUCUAGGAUCUUUUGUUCAUCAAUGAAGAUAUUAGCAGUAUAAGGCUCUGAAAAGCAGAUUGGCGUAUCAUUUUGCGCAAUCUUUUGCCAUCAGUAGGUAAAUCAUGCUGCGGGAAUGGGUGUAUAUGAAUGAUUAAUCUAAUACCAGCCCUAUUAUUUUUGUUCACUCAGGGCGUGUAAAUUAUUAUGUUCUCAUAAAUGUGAUUCUUUUUCCUUUUUCUCCAAAA